CAGUUUUAUUUAUACAUUCAGAAAGUUCACACGUACUUUUGAUACUUAUUCAAAUGAAACUUUUGCUGCUCAGCCUGUUGGGCGUGCUCAGCGUAACACGCGGCGCUAACAAUCGCAAUUCGAAUCUUAUUUGCUACUAUGACUCGGCCUCAUAUUUGCGCCCGGGCCUAGCUAAGUUGGAUGCGUACCAUUUGGAUUUAGCCCUUCAAUUCUGCACACAUCUGGUAUAUGGCUAUGUGGGCCUCAAGCCAGGCACUCUUGAGCUGUAUAGCUUAAAUGUGGACUUGGAUAUGUUUCACUUUAAGGACAUAACUCAGCUGCGUGACAGAUUUCCGCAUCUGAAGGUGCUCUUGAGUAUUGGUGGCGAUCGAGAUGUGGACGAGUCGCAUCCUAACAAAUACCUGGAGCUGCUGGAAGCGAACCGCACGGAGCAACAAAACUUUAUUGAUAGCAGCAUGGUGAUGCUGCGUAGAAAUGGCUUCGACGGAUUGGACUUGGCGUUCCAGUUCCCUAAAAACAAGCCGAGAAAAGUGCAUGGAGCCAUUGGCACUUACUGGAAACAGUUCAAGAAAUUGUUCACUGGCGACUUUAUUGUUGAUCCUUCGUCGGCACAGCACAAGGAACAGUUUACUGAGCUUGCGAGAAAUUUAAGAAAUACCUUUCAGAGCGCCAAUCUCUUAUUAACAUUAACGGUGUUACCCAAUGUGAACUCGACUUGGUAUUUUGACGUUCCCAAGCUGCAUCCAUUAAUGGACUUUAUUAACCUGGCAGCAUUCGAUUUUCUCACACCCGUGCGUAAUCCCGAGGAAGCCGACUACACUGCUCCAAUAUUUCAUUUUGACGAGCAACAGCGUCUGCCCCACUAUAAUGUUGAGUUCCAGUUGAACUACUGGUUGCAGAAUCACUGUCCACCGCAGAAGCUGAAUUUGGGCAUUGCCACGUAUGGACGAGCCUGGAAGCUUUCCAAAGACUCGGGGCUAAGUGGCUUGCCAGUUGUUCCAAGCACCCUUGGACCCGGCCAAGGCGAUCUUCAAGUUGCCAGCAGCGAAGGCCUGCUUAGCUGGCCAGAAAUCUGUGCAAAGUUACCUCUGAAUCAAACGGCAGUCUAUCGUGGUGCAAAUGCGCCAUUACGCAAGGUCACGGACCUCACACAGAAAUACGGAAACUAUGCCUUACGUCCAGCUGAUGAAGAAGGCGAGCACGGACUGUGGGUAAGCUACGAUGAUCCCGACUUUGCGGGCAUCAAGGCUGCCUAUGCCAAAAGCAAGGACCUUGGCGGAGUGGCACUGUUCGACCUAGGCUAUGACGACUUUCGCGGUCUCUGCACAGGCCAGAAGUUUCCCAUUGUGCGCUCAGUAAAAUACUUUAUGGGUUAAAUUGUAGAGUUUUUCAUGAGCAAAUUUUUUGUAAUGCUAAUCAGCGAACUUGUGUCAAUGUUUUACUUCUGACCUCGUAUAUUUGAACCGCAGUCUGAAGCGACUCAAUAACAUUGCUUACGCAAUUGAACUAUUCUAAGAGCAAAUGUAAAAUAAAAACUUGAUUUGA